UUCGGCCCACCACCCACCACGAAUUUUACCUUUUGGAUGCGAACAAAUUUCGAUCGAUCAACGACAAUUCCGCCAACUUCGACAACCACGACACCCCCCACCACCAAACCCGUCAAGAUGGCCUCCCGACCUACCGUUACCGUCUUGUCCGCCGAUGGCUCUGCNCUCGACUAUUCCUCUCCCAAAGGUACGAAUCCUCGAUUGCGAUCUCGAGAGCUUGGGUUGCGCACGCGCAGAUUGAAAUUGGGGGAAUUGACGGCUGAUUGAGGAUUCUGAAUAGGUUUUCACCGCACCAAUCCGUCCAGAUAUCGUCCAGACCGUCCACACCGGAGUCGCAAAGAACAAGCGUCAACCAUAUGCCGUGAGCGAGAAGGCUGGUCACCAGACCUCUGCUGAGUCUUGGGGUACUGGUAUGUACAAGAAAUAUUUUAUACAUCGAAUACCAUGGGUGGAACAUCAAAUUGGGGAAGGAAAGAAUAUUUGAGAGCUGAACGGAGGGUCAUACGUCAAAGAAUGGGCCGGAGGGAGCGAUUUGAGAUUUUACGAUGAGGGGUUGAGCGGAAGCUAAUUUAUAUCUUCACAGGUCGUGCCGUUGCCCGUAUUCCCCGUGUUUCUGGAGGAGGAACUCACCGUGCUGGUCAAGCCGCCUUCGGUAACAUGUGCAGAUCCGGUCGUAUGUUCGCACCAACCAAGGUCUGGAGAAAGUGGCACCAAAAGAUCAACCUUGGUCAAAAGUGCGUAUUCAUGGGUUUUUUGAGAUAUGCAAAAUACUGAUUUGAACUCAGGCGAUUCGCAACCGUCUCUGCCUUGGCUGCUUCUUCCGUUCCAGCUCUCCUUAUGGCCCGUGGUCACCAAGUCUCCACCGUUCCAGAGGUUCCUCUGGUAAUCAACUCUGAUGUCUUCAAGGGUGUCAGCAAGACAUCUGCCGCUGUUGGUCUUUUGAAGUCAGUUGGUGCCUCCGCAGACGUCGACAAGGUCAAGAACUCCCGAAAGCUCCGUGCCGGUAAGGGUAAGCUACGUGGUCGCCGCCACAGACAACGCCGUGGACCUCUCGUCGUCUACGACCCAGAGGUUGACGGAAAGGAGCUUUCCCUUGCUUUCCGCAACAUCUCCGGUGUUGAGACCUGCUCCGUCUUCGCUCUUAACCUUCUGCAACUCGCACCAGGUGGACAUCUCGGACGUUUCAUCAUCUGGACCUCUGCCGCAUUCAGCGCCCUCGACAAAAUCUACGGCUCCGCCACUACUCCUUCAGCACUCAAGAAGGACUUCCUCCUCCCGUCCAACGUUGUCCAACAAGCUGAUAUCGGCCGUCUGAUCAACUCCUCCGAAAUCCAAUCCGUCAUCCGCGCAGCAAAGGGUGGUGCCAAGACCAAGCGUGCUGGUGUCCAGAAGAAGAACCCUCUCCACAACAGACAGGUUCUCCUCAGACUGAACCCAUAUGCCGCUGGUUACACCAAGGACAAGAUCGGUACCAAGGGAUUGGAUGCCGGUAAGCCAACGCGUGCAUCAAAAACACCGUUCGCGGCUGUCUUGAAGGAGGAUUAGAGUGGUGUGACUUCUAAUCUUCAAAAAAUCUUGUGUUUUCUUUUUUCUCACGGUUUAUUAUUUCCUUGAAGUGCAAUAGAAAUGGAAUUUGCAUGGAUGGGAGGGGUGUCAUUUUGUUCAAGCGGGUAUGGGGGAUUCCUAGCUAGCUGGC